UGGUAUUGUGCAGACAUGCAGUUAGUGUAUGCAUUUCCGUGUACUCUUCUAUUUUGAAGGCGCUUUCAACCACUUCCGUUCUCGUAGCAGAUAUUGAAGUGCUGGCGAGCAUCUUUGCGGUCACAGUCAGGAUAUCAGGCAGUGUGACGCGAGAAGGAAGAAAUAAAUAGGGCUUUGUUUCCCGGUAGGGAUCCAAACCAUCUACCAUCAGCGGGCCCAUGGAGAGCAGAGCCUCGCUUGUGUCCACUGGCGCCUGCUUGAGCUUGAUCGGAUGCCUUUCACCUCCGCGCCGCCGUUAGGUGUUCUCCAUUCAGGAUUAAUUGGUUGACCGAUGGCUCCCAAACAUGUGCUCCUUCCCAGCAGUGGCGGUGGCCCCAGGGUUUGUCCGGCGGCACGGAGCCUGGAUGCCUGGACGGUGGCGGUCAGCUCGUCGAGGAAGGGGAAGAGGAUGCUGGGCCGGUGCUUUGUGAGCGUCGGUGCGGUGCUGAUGCUGAUCCAGUGCUCCUUUGCUGCUGAUGCUGAGGCCGAUUAUCAUGACUUGACAAGGCUGUCUGUCUUGCCAAGUUUGCCCUCGCGCCUCCCAGCCACCUUGGCGAUUGGGACCAAUGACAAAGACACAACAAAAGGGACUGACCCGAGUCAAGUGUUAGCUGAGAAUAGAACAUCAGAGUGGAAAGAAUCAGAAGGUGGAGCGGCUGCUGGAAGAGACAGCAAAGUCAUAUCAGACCCUGGAACCACAACAAGAACCGAGGCUAAAGGGAAGCUGGUGGAACCAAAGUCGCCAAGUUCACACAGGGACCUGGCUCUCUGGUCUGGUCAGAAGAGGUUGCAGGCGGUUGGAAAGGACCAAGGAGGGCAGGAAUCCUCCUCAUCCGUCUUUACAAUGGAGGCAGAGACACCAAACCCACCAGCAGGGACAAAGCCUUUAGGACUGCUGUCUAAGGCUGCUUGGACUAAAAUAUCCUCUUCAUCGUCAUCAUCAUCCAAAACCUCUUCCUCUUCAAGCUCUACACGAAAAACUUUACCUUCACCAUCCACGUCUUCAUCCUCCACGCCAGCCAUUAAUGGUGGCAUACAGGCAGUGAGGUUCAACACUGUCUCUGUAAUUGAUGUCAGCAACAGCUCUAAGAACUCCUCGGACAGCAACAGCAGCAUGACUUUAGAUGGCGCCGUGGAUGGAGCAAUGCUGGAGACAGCAGUGGAAGAUGCUGUCCAAUCUACAAAGGAAUCAGCGAGCAGCCUGCCAGCCUGGGAUCUGCCCACUGUUCCAGAGUCUCUCUUGUCCACAGCGGGUGACCAUGACAUCACACUUCCUGACAAUGUCACCAGCCCUUUCUCCACUCACCAAUGGAAUACCACUGUGCCCGUACACACCAGAAACUCCACUCAGACUACAACUACUACAAAAACUACCACGGACACGCUGUCGCCCACCACCGCCUCCACACACUCUUUACCAUCAAACACCAUUCCGAGUGUGACGAUAACACAGGUGUCCACUGUUGCUCCACCCACCGCAAGCUUGGACAGCGUUACUGAUGGCACCCUGCGGGUCGAGACACUGACAACAGCGAAGCCCUCAGUAACCACUUCGACUGUGAGCACCUCUGCUUUUACAAUGCCAGCAGUGACCACAAACAUUACUGUAACAGUCUCCCCAAAUACUACAGCUGCUGUAACCAUGCAGCCGUCACCAAGCCUCAAACUAACAACAGCAGCUACAACUCAGCCUGCAACAACAACCACUACUACUUCAACACCGCCAACCACUACAACUACACCCGCCUCAUCAACCACAACCACCCCCGCUCUAAUAAUCACUACCACUACACCUACACCUACAACUACUACUCCAGCCACGACCACCACUACUACUACUACCAUAGCAACCACUACUUUAAAAAAGGUACUUCCUACCACCUUGUUUGUCCCAGUCCAAACUGUACCACCAACAGCUAUGACCACAGAACUGCCAAGCAGCACCAUUACAGAGGAAAGUCCUUUGCCAUGCAACAUCACAGAGAAGUACUGGGUCAAAACAGUUUUGUCCAUUGAGAUCCAAAAGAACCGACUUGAUCUGGUCCUAAAACAGAAUCUAGCUAAAGGAUUGAGUCAUGCCCUGCAGAGAGCCCUGAAUGACUCCACUGCUUAUGCACAGGUGGAACGUGAUGACUGCAGCCCAUACAAUGUAACACUGGGCUACUAUGUGGCUGGUGUUAAAACUGUCUAUAUUUCUUCAUAUGUAGCUGAGGCACUCAGUGUGUAUGGUUUUGAUAAGCUGUUGUCUGACAUCAGGCAGCACACGCCAUUGGUUAAGGCUGUUCUGGUCCCCGUGGCAACCUGGAUGCCCACGCCAAACAUCCACCUGCAACUGAAAACAGUGUUGAGGUUUGUUGGCCCGACAGACAACAUCUACUCCUGCAGUUUUGUCCAGAUGCUGGAGCAGAGGCUGCAGAGCGCCUUCGAUGAGGCUCAAGACAAAGUGCUAGAGACCUACAGCAGGCUCACUGUGGAGAUUCAAAGCGUGUCCCAGGACCUGGGAUCUCCAUCAGUCUCUCUCGUGUACGUCGUGAAGAAUCAGGACACAGAACUGAAUGGAACCAUCUCAAGCGGCCUCCUCAACCAGUUGACUGCUGAGCUGGUCGGCUACUUCUUGUUCUACCCACCCCUGGUUAUUGCUGAGCCCCUUGAAUACCACAAUCUCAACACGUCCACUGCGACCAGGGACUACUGGGUUAUAACAGUGAUCCAGGAUGUGGACAGGUCUUCCCUGGAGGCCAACUACCAAAGUUUUGCCAAUUUGAUGGAGCAGCGGUUAGCUGAACUCUUCCAUGUGGCUGGCAGGCAGGGCUCUCAAACUUUACGGUCCAGGCGCGCAACUACAGUGGGGGCCUACACCGUACAGAUGGUGAGCAUGCGUCGGCUGCCUGGUCCCAAGAACCCAGCGGAGAUGACAUAUUAUGCACAGUUGAAUGGAGCACCCAUCACUGGAACCACUGCCGCCAAGACACUGAGCAGUUUGGACUCCCAGACCAUGGCACUGACUCUGGGAUACUUUGUACAAGUGCAGGCUGAACCUGUGGUGAAAAUACAACAGAACAACCUGUGGAUCAUGGCUGUUCUCACACCUCUAUUCUUGUUGAUGGUGGUAAUUGGAAUGGUGGUCUUCAUCCUUUGUAAGAGGAACCGGGUCAUCUUCAAAGCUGGUGCCUUCAGAACCUUCAAGAGCCGCACCAAAACCUCGUAUCGGCGGGAGGGCAGUUACCACCACCAGCCUGUCCAGGGUUUUGACUACGCCAAGAAGCACAUGGGUCGAACUGGUGAUGAGGCCAUCUCUUUAAAUAAGGAGACAUUGGUUUUGGGCCUGCCUGUGCGAGAUGCCCCGCUCUCAAUGUCAUUGGAUAAGAAGGUCUACCAGGAUGGGACUGCCAACAAGAGGCCACCAUCUGCGGACAUACACAAAGGAGGGCGGUUGCCAAGCGAGGAUGGUUCAAUGUCAAGUAACAGCUCCGGGAAACUCAAUGCCAGCAAGAGCUCCUCGGCCCGGAAGACAGCCACUGGCGGCAGCUGCAAAAACGGUAAGGAGGAUUUGCACAAGAGAAACACCAAUGACCCGUAUGAAGAUCAUACAGGCUCUCUCCGGCUCAUCACCAUCAAACCCUUGACAGCCCAGCCAACUUACUCCUACCCCUCAUCUUCCUCCCACAGCCAAGACUCUGUCAUCAUUAAUGGCGAGGCAAAUCAUGGCGGGCUGAAGCCGAAGUCAGACAUUGAACACUACAGAAACAAACUGCGCCAGAAAGCCCGCAGGAAGGGUUACGGAGAGUUCUCCCUUUCCGAGAGUGGCAGCCAUGGUUAUAGUCACAGCCGGCACGGUCGACAUGACAACGGAAUCAAGGAACCAAUGACUGCUGAGGAGAAGAGGGCCUCCUUUGCCGGAUGUCAUAAAAGGUACUCCCAUCCACGGGAGCCCACCUAUUGGAGCAGGCAGUCCCUGAGCAGCCCCAGCCCAGUGGAGACAGAGAUGGACCUUCUGGUUCUUAGGGAGCGAUCUCGGAGGGGCAUCCGCAACAAUGGCUAUGAUGGUGAACCAGAGCCAUAUGAGGAGACCAAUGUGGACCGUUUGAUGAGCUCUCUUGGUUAUGGAGGUGGAUCGACUGGCACUGGGAAUGGUAGCCUGGGGGUGAAAGCGCACCGUGGCUCAGACUCCUCCACACUCAGCUCUCAGCCAUCCAUUGACGACGUUCGCACACAGAUGCAUAUGUUGCUUGGCAACGCCUUCAGCCUGGCACCCUCAGACCAUGACCCACCUUCUCCUCCGACUAAACACCACCAUCACCACCACCGUGCCCACAGCGCCUACAAGCCGUCCCACAUGAGCCACUACAGUGAUGGAGUGACCAGCGCCCCUGGGACCAUGAACCAUCCCUGUGGAAGCAGACAGAGGAGCCUGGGUUACGAUGACUUACACCAGUGUAGCCUGCCCAAACCGGGUUUCCGGUUCACGCAGCUCCCUGAUAUGGGCAUUGGGACUCCUCCGCCACUAAUCCCCUCAAGACCAGGACCACUACCUGGACCUUCACUGCGACGUUCCACUCCUGAUGUUAGCCUGAAACCUCGAGUGUCGGAGGCCUCAGACCUGCAGGCCCAACAGCACAACGGUGCCCCCUACCUGCCACUGUCCAGGACCACCUUCCCUGCUGUUACUGUUGACCAGUCCAUCAGCACCUACUCAGGAAACCCAAUAACAGCAGUGUACGCAAUAUCAGCCAACCACCCAGGUUACUCAGACUACUUUGUCAUGUCGCCUCCAUCUUCGUACCGUAGCCCAUCCUGGAUGUCCUACCCACCUGAGCCAGAAGACCUUCCGCGGCAGUGGAACGACCCCCCGAGCUCACGCCACCUCGAAACUAUCUGCUGAAGUCCCACAUCACUGAGUGGUGUUUGUUUUGGUGGGAAGAUGGCCUCCCUCUCUUUCCGGUUCCUGUCUGAAUUUGUCCUGUUCAAGUGGAGGAUCCCUCGCUUGCACAUCUUCCUAUUUUCUGCUGGACCUUCAGCCCUGACGCUUCUUCGCCCCACUUUGUCUGAAACUCCUCUGUCCUGUACGGCCCCCCUCACACGGUCAGAGAUCUUUUUGCUCACCAACAGCCAUAUUUCUCUGCUCCCUGAGCCCCUGACCUCACUGGGCCCACUGAGUCCACAACUUCUAUAUCCUGGCUCCUGUGUGGUGAGCACUGUACAGCAAAAAGAUCCUCAUCCUACUGUACCGUACGGCGCUUCAAUAGCGUGAAGCUGUGCCUCUCACAACAGACGCAAUGUGACCGGCCCGUCUUCGGUCACCAUAACUGCCACCUGCCCAGCACGAGACAGCACAUGCCGCAAUAUCAUCAGUCUCGUCGAGCCCCAGCACAGAUCAGUAUUCUGGUCCACUAUUAAACUGGCCCACACAGGACUGGGCCAUCCUGGGCUUGACCAUGAAGUCCACCAUCAAACCAAGAAAGCUGGACUGAUAUGAAACUGUGCUUUUCUUUUUUUUCUUUUUUCGGAAGAAUCUAAAUGUCUGUGUAAACCUUUUGCCACUAGUUAUUGUGUAAUUUAAACUGAAGUGAGAAAAAGUGAAAGAAACCAGAAAAAAAAAAUCUAACUAUCUUGUAUGUCUAAAAUUUUUGGUUCUAGAUGUGUGCUUUCGUCUUUACAUUUGUGCAUUGACUACUGUAAAAAAAACAAACUAAAAAAGUGAGUUUUUUCUUUCACUCACCACCUUUCAAAGCAAAAAAAAAAAAAUGAAUACAGAAACAUUUCUGUACUUUCUUUACCGUUUUCUUUCAUUUGAUUGAACAGAGAGGAAAAAAAGGAAUCACUCACAUGUUUGUCAGUCAUUUGCUUAUGAUAUUUUGUCUGUGAAACAUGAGGCAAACAUGGGUGCAAACUCUCACUGGUAUGGGAGUCGUUUCUCGGCCCUCAGCGACUGAAACCCAAGUAUGUUUUUUUUUGUUUUUUGUUUUUUUUUUAAGAAAAUGAAUGAUUUACUUGAAAGAUGUCAUGAUGACGCUUGAUUUUGGGUCAUUUAGGUCUUAAACAGGGGAGCAGUUAAAUGGAUAUUUAGUCACUGCACUAAGUACUGCUGCUCGAGUUACCUCGAGGUACUGGGCAAGCGGUAUAUGUACCAUUUUCAUGUACUUCUGUAUAUAGCAGAUGAUUUAUCGAAGAUAUUUAUGCAAGUUGCGUGGGAGGGAUACUUUCUUGGCAUUGUUCUGAUGAGUUGUUUCUUUCACUGCAUUUAUGAUGGACUCAUUGACUUUUGUGAAGGCUUUACACGUUUUCAGCAACGUCUUGUCCCAUUGUAUUACAAAAAAGAUCAUUAUAUGACAUCAUUUUUAAAAAUGGUACAAAACGUGUUAAGUUCAGAGGGACAUGCGGCAGGUGAUGCCUGUAAUGCAUCUGUUUGCUGCAUUUACAGCAUUUCCAAUGUUUGAACAAGCUGAUAUAGCCAUACACGUCAAAAUAUUGCAAUCUUUUGUACAAGAAUGUCACAGUCUAAAUAUUGCCUCUCGAGAGAACUGGAAACCUUGGUACUAUGUGUACUGUACAAAGAGCUCCUAAUCACCGAGAUGGUCACCAAAGGAGAUAACAGCCAUAUGUAUCUUUUUUUUUUUUUUUUGCCAAGUGGAAGUAAAACAGCUAAUAUGUACAAUGUUUUUUCAGCCAAUGUUACCAAAAGAGAGUAUGCCUGAGACGAGGUGAGGGCUUGUGUCCACUUGAGAUGUAGUAUAGAUAUAGACAGAUAAACCUUAUAAAAUAGUUUAACAUGAAAUUAGCACUUUUUAAAAAGCCUGAAAGUUGGCAGAAUCAAUGCAAAGAUGCUAUUGUAUAGCAUUCAAUUUCUAAAAGGUAAACCUAUGUAAGAUCCAUUUAUUAUUUGCACAAUCAUAGUAUCUUUUAGCGAAACCAUAACAGUUCAAACGUGUGUUCGCUUUACAAUGUAAAUCCUCUAAACACGCAAAACCCAUUUAAAAUAGAACUGAUUGCAUUCUAGAAUCAGCCCAUUGAAAUCAGAAGGCAAUGAAGUAUUUUGUUACGCAGUAUUGUUGGCCUGUGCAUGAUAUAUAAAAGACGUGGACGUUGUUGUUUGGAGCGUUUUGAUCGAUGCCGUUCUGCUUUGAAUCAUUCAAAGAAUCACUAAAAAAACGACACAACAUUUGAGCUCACGCAGACAGUGUUUUGUAAUACAAGUUGAAGAGAUUACCAUCACCACUCAUAAACAUUUCAUCUGAUUUCACCGCAGAAAAAAAAAAGCUUGGAAAUGGUCUUUACGAAGUUAUUUUAGGACAGAGAUUUAAUGCAAUGCUAUGAUGACUUAAUGUGCAAUGUUUGUGCUUUGUCCGGGACGUGGCGAGAUGCAUUUAUUCAAGAUGGACUACGGGAUGAACUGUCUUGUUUUUUUAUUUUCUUUUUUGCAGUGUCUUUAUGCUGUGACGUCAUGACGACAUCCUGAUGUUGGUGUUGCAGUGACGCCAACAUAGAAUGCUAUUGGAUGUAGUUGCAGAAAAGUUUUGGUGAAUUUAAACA